AUGACCUCUUGGAGCCCAGAGGGAAGCCAGAGCCCAGGGGUCCUGGACCCCCAUCUUUCUAGAAUCCUGUUCCUGCUGCUACUAAUUGUGGCCCCCUCAGUCCAGGAGGUCACCCCAAACCCUGAAGCCUGCCAGGUGGACCAGUCAAGCAAUGGCAGCUCCGUCAGCUGCUCCCCACCUGCCAAACUCCCCCGGCAGCUCCCGGCCGACACCGUCAUGCUGUCUGUGGAGUUCUUCAAUCUCACCCAGCUGCCACCCGAGACCCUCCAGGGCGUCGCUAACCUCCAGGAACUGCACCUUUCCAGCAAUGGGCUGGAGACGCUGUCAGACAAGCUUCUGUUGCCUGUGCCUCAGCUGAAGGUGCUCGAUCUGACCCUCAACGCCCUCACCCGGCUGCCACCCGGCCUCUUCCAGGGCUCCGCCGCCCUCCACACCCUGGUGCUGAACCAGAACCAGCUGGGAGCCCUGGAGACCUCGUGGCUGCAGGGCCUGAAGGCCCUGAGACACCUGGACCUAUCUGGGAACCGCCUCCGGACACUGCCCCCCGGGCUGCUGGCCAACUUCACCGACCUGCGCGUCCUUAACCUUGGCAGUAACCAGCUGGAGACUUUGCCCUCUGACCUUCUGAGGGGCCCCCUGCAGUUGGAAUGGCUGUACCUGGAGGGCAACAGGCUGCAAGCACUGGAAGGGGGCCUGCUGGAGCCCCAGCCGAGCCUGAGCUACCUUUUUUUGAGCGGCAACCGGCUGGCCACGGUGGCGGCCAGCGCCUUCCGAGGCCUGAAGCAGCUGGACAUGCUGGACCUGUCCAACAACUCGCUGAGCACCGUGCCCAGGGGGCUCUGGGCGUCCGUGGGGCAGCGUGGGGCAGCCCGGGACAUGAAGGAGGGCUUUGACGUCUCUGGGAACCCCUGGAAUUGCGACCAGAGCUUGGAGGACUUCUAUCAGUGGCUCGUGGACAAUAGAGACAAGAUGUUUUUCCGGAACAGCACGUGCUGCAUUGAGCCCAAAGCCAUGCAGGGCCAGACCCUCCUGGGCGCAGCCAUGGCUCAUGUGA